AGCCGUUUCUGGCUCAAGGCUCUGUUGCUGCAGUUGAUCUGCGCCGCCCCCCCCCAAGGGGCCACGGCUGGCUGGCCAUGGCCCAGGGUGCGGCCAGCGGGGCGCCACCACAACUGCCGCGCGCGGUCUUGCUGUACUCGCACUCCUGGCUGCCGGGCCAGGUCGACGGCGUUGCUGUGCGGAUGAUGGCCCACGCGAGGAGCUUGUCGGAGAAGGGCGUCAAGGUGGUCGUCGCCACGCCGGACUUUGAGCGGCAGGGCAAGCCUGCGCCACUGGCGCCGGACAAGAUUCCCGGGGUGGAGCACGUGCUGCUUCAGUCUCAGCCGACGCCCGUGUACCACAAGAACUUGUGCAUGCGGAUGUCCCUGAAGAACUUCUGGACGCUGGUGUGCUUGAUCAAGCGCGUUAAGCCUGAUCUGGUCCACGGCACGCAGGAGGCGUCCAUGCAGGUGCUCGCCAGCGCCUGCAUCUUCUGCGACGUGCCACUCGUCAUAUCCCUACACACGGACGUGGCCCAGAUCGCGGAGCGAGAUAAGGGCUUUUCCAAGUUCAUCGGCGGAGCGGUCGGGCGGGCGUACACGCAGGUGGCGCUCUUCUGUGUCUACUGGGGCUACCGAAAUUGGGGCACCUCUGGCGGGAAGUUCUUCUGCGUCUCCCCGCAGUCGAGGGCCAUCCUGGGGGAUGCGGGCGUGCGGGACAGCAGCGUUUGCUCCGGCACCUGGGGCCCCAUGGUGGAGCGGCAGACCUUCCGCAUCGACCUGCCCGAGCAGCAGGUGUCCGAGCUUCGCAGAGAGUUGUGUUUCGGGAUCGAGGACGCGUUCCUCAUGCUGUACAUCGGGCGCGUCACCGCGGAGAAGGACAUCCGGUUCCUGGUGGACGCUCUCGAGCGCGCGCCGAAGAGGGUGGUGUUGGCGCUCAUCGGCCCGGUGGAGGAGGCGCUGCAGGACCUGAGGGGGCUGCACGGCAAGGAGCGCCGCCUGCACUGCUCGGGGGAGAUGCACUCCCGCGAGAAGGUGGCGCUGAUGCUGCGCGGGGCGGACUGCUGCGUGUCGGCCAGCACGAUGGAGACGGUGGGUUUCACGGCCAUGGAGGCCCUAAGCUGUGGCACGCCGUGCCUCAUGGCGAACGCGCAGGGCUUCGCCCUGCACCUCACCCACGGCGCCAACGCGAGGCUCUUCACCCCUCACAGCGAGGAGAGCUUCGACGGGGAGCUCAGGGCGUUGAUAGCGCAGCCGCGGGAAGGUUCGUGGUCUCCGGAGGCCCUUCGGGAGUCCAUGGCGGAUGCUUCCGUGGACCACUGCACCAACCGGGCGCUGAAGGUCUACGAGGCCGUCGGCGCCACGAGCGGCCGCUUGUGGCGAGUGCCGUUCGCCCUGGUCAUGCUCUGCAUCAACGUGGUCGUGAAUUUCUGCUUCCGCUAGCAGGGCCGCCCACCCUGGCGGGCCCCGCGCCCACGCUCGCCGCCCCGCGCGGCGGCCACAGAAAGAAUCGGGCGGCGCACGGCAAGCUGGCGGGCCGCCGCGCGGGUAGGGCGCCGGGGCUCGGCGACCGGAAUUUUCUGCCACACGGAAUUGUCAGAGCGUCCGAUACACAUUGGCGAAGCAAAAAGUGGGUCGUCUCCAGAUUGAUCCUGGCACUGUAGCUGAUCGGCGUUGGGCUCCAGCUGUGCCUCCAGCAGCACCAAUCGCAACGCCAGGACGUGAACCUCCCCAGACCGAG